AAUAAAAACAAAGUCUGCAUGAAUAAUGCACGUCGUACACGUACACAACCAAGAGGCAGUCAACUAUCGGUAAAAUACACGUUACUUUAUCACUUCCCGCUUUAAAAAAAUAUCGAAUUAUUAGCAAGAGCUGAAACAAUACAAUGGCAGGCACCGACAGUCUCGAGCACAUUGAUAAAGACCUCAAGGAAGUGUUAGAUUUCUGUGUGUCGUCUGGUCUGACUUCGAGUCAGAUUGUGAGCGGAGCCCGCCCACUUCUGGAUGCCGCGAAUCAGUCCAAACGCCGGGCAUGGUUGAGGAGAGUUGUGCUGGUGUCGUUGGCGGUCGCAGUCGUAGCGUUCUUGUUCCAGAACACUUGGACAUAUCGGUGGAUAUGCAUUGCGUCAAAAAUUACGGCAAUGAAGGUUCUGCCAUAUUGGGACUGGACUCCAUUAUACGAUGAGGAAUGCAUCCUUCAAAAUCCAUACAUGGUCCAAGACAAACUGACAGAGGAUGAUUGCCAGGAGUGUGUGAACUACAACAAGCUGGAGUAUGUGUACAAUCUAACCCACGAGAUGGUGGCCGAGGACUAUCUGUUUAGCAAUCUUCCAUUCAUUGUGCUGGAUGCAACCAAGGGUUGGAAAGCAACCUCCGAGUUCAAUGCUGAUUCCUUAAAAAAACUUUUUACAGAGAAUAAAGUGCUACGUUCACAUAAUGUUUGUCAGUACACAAACAAUGAAGGUCAACCACUUGCUGACGUUCUAGCAGGAAGGGCGUCCACUUUCCACACAGUCUGGAGUAACUGUCAACUACAGGCCAUCAAGGUGUUCAGAAGUUACUACCAUCGGCCGUACUUCCUUCCUCCUAUGGUAGAGGCAGCACUAGAAAACUUUGUUGCCUUCUCUUCCGGUAAGAGUGAAAAGGCCAGCGGGGAGGAGGAUGAAGACAGCGACUUCUUGAAACAUGGUGUCGUUGAUGACCUAACAUGGUUUGCACAGAUCAGGGGAAACUACUUCAUCCAGUUAAGACCCAAACAGCCUUGUGAUAACAUCUGUUCGCUGUUUUCGUUUGUACUUGAAGAAGGGCAAACAAUGGUAGUCACCAAUGAUAUGUGGGAGUGGCAUUUUGCACCGGCGGACAGUGCACCCACGAUCGCCAUCGGCUCAACCGGCAACUGGGACAGCUGAGCUUCCAAAAAACGUGCUGAGUAAUGAACUCAAACUUGACUUCUCACUCGUUCAGCAACUGAUCAUGAGUACUCAAGUAUUUUGCCUUAUUUUUUUAACUCAUAUUUUGAUUGGGAACCGCCCUUAAUUUUUUUGUUCAUUGCAAUUCCCGAGUUCUUAUUGCUACUCAACACUUUCUAGUUUUAUAAAACAAAAGGUCACAUUUGAGUGAAACUCCAAACUUGACUACUCAGUCAAACGGGAGCUGGUAAUGAGUACUCAAAUAUUUUGCUUUAUUUUUUAACCCGUUAUUCUGAGGUAUUUUGAUUGGCAACCGUCUUUACCCCUUUGGUUUAUUGCAAUCCCUGAGUUCUUAUUGUAACUCAACACUUACCCCAAAUGAUUUGUAGUUUUGUUUAACAAAAGGUUACAUUUGAGUGAGUGAGACUCAAAACUUGGCUACUCAAGCAGUUAGCAACCGAUCAUGAGUACUCAAGUAUUUUGCUUUACAUUUCAACUCGUUCCUCUUAGGUUAUUCGAUCAUGUUGAUUAGAAACCAUCCUUAUUAUUCCUUUUGUUUAUUGCAAUC